UUUUUUUAUAAUAAUGUCUCUCUUGUCCUCAUCUUUCCUUCUUUGUUUCACUGGCUUUCUUUCUUUUUUUUUUAUUUAUUAUGACUACAAGAGUUAACUUCACUCCUCGCAUAGCUUGUGUGAUGGUUGGAUUACCCGCGAGGGGAAAGACAUAUAUUUCACAAAAAAUAUGUCGAUAUCUUACAUGGCUUGGUAUCAAAACAAAGGUGUUUAACGUAGGAAAUUGUCGAAGGGAACUUUGUGGUGCUCAACAAGACAAUACAUUCUUCGAUCCAAAUAAUCAAUCAGGACAAAAACAACGCAAGGAAGCUGCUUUUAUGACACUACAACAAAUGCUCAAAUGGUAUGAUGAAGAAGAGGGCAUAGUUGGAAUCUAUGAUGCGACAAAUAGUACCUUGGAAAGACGACAAUGGCUUCAUGAAACGCUUACUCAAAAAGAUAUUCAGGUGUUUUUUAUCGAAUCUAUUUGUGAAGAUGAAGCAUUAGUAUCAGCAAACAUAAGAGAUGUGAAACUCAGUUCUCCAGAUUAUAAAGAUAUGGAUCCCGAAAUGGCUUUAUCUGAUUUUCAAGCUCGUAUUGCUCAAUAUACAACUCAAUAUCAAACUAUUGUGGAACAAGAUUACUCGUAUAUCAAACUCAUCAAUGUUGGAAGUCAAGUGAUCGUCAAUUUGGUUAAAGGUUAUUUGGAAUCUCGUAUCGUAUACUAUCUUAUGAAUCUUCAUAUUCGUGGUAGAAAGAUUUAUAUGUCAAGACAUGGUGAAUCAAUGUAUAAUUUGGAAGGAAAAUUGGGUGGUGAUUCUGAUCUUUCUCCUCGUGGUCGAUUAUAUGCUCAAAUAUUACCUGAUCUUAUUAAGGAAAAGUUAGGUGGAAAGGAAUUGAUGGUAUGGACUUCUACUCUCAAAAGGACAAUUCAAACAAGUGAAUACCUUCCAUAUCCAAAACAGCAUCGUAAAGCUUUGGAUGAAUUAGAUGCUGGUGUAUGUGAUGGUCUGACUUAUGAACAAGUAGAGGAGAAAUAUCCUGAAGAUUUUGCAAGACGAGAUGAUGAUAAAUUCAAUUAUAGAUAUCGUGGUGGCGAAUCUUAUCGAGAUGUGGUGUUACGAUUAGAACCUAUUAUUAUGGAUUUAGAAAGACAAGAAGAUAUAUUGAUCGUUGGUCAUCAAGCUAUUAUUCGUUGUCUUUAUGGUUAUUUUAUGAACUAUAGUCAAGAAGAUUUACCCUAUAUCAAGAUCCCAUUACAUACCUUGAUCGAACUUACACCCAAAGCCUAUUAUUGUGAAGAAAAGUUUUAUAAAGCGGAUAUUCCAGCCGUUGACACUCAUCGAAGUAAACCAACUCAAAGAAAACCACCUAUCAAUACUCAAGCUGUGGUUGGUUCAGGUGGUGAAGUUCCAAGUCCAUUAUUAUCUAACUCUGUCUUUCCUUCUAGUCCUACAAUUAGAACUCACUCAUCUUCAUAGAAUACCUCUUAUUAUUAUUAUUAUUAUUUCAUUUUCAUAAUAAUAAAAAACACUGCUUUUAUAUUUGUACCUGGUAAAUGGAGCUU